AUGCUGGUGGCCUUGGGUCCCUAUGCACAGUUCCAGCCAAGCUGCUUCCACCUCCUGAAGAUAGGUUUUGUGAUGGGUUGGGCUGUGGUCAUGGUGGUUAGGGUAAUCUUCGGCAUCUUUUCCUGUCUCAGGAUCGGAAUAUGGGGUCCAGCUCUGAUGGGCGGUAUCAGGAAAACUAUAAUGCAGAGCAGCAGCACCUUUGGCACAUUCAUGGCCAUCAGGAUGGACAUCUUAUGCUGA